AUGGCGUGGGAUACGUUUUCGCAGCAGCAGGUUGGUCAUUUAUGGCGGUUAGCUACUCAUUGCGCAGAAGAGAAUCCAAGUUUAGCAAAGUUUUACUUGAGCGAGAUUAGUUCAUUGUCUAGGGGGGACUCAUCUCGUUCAUUUGCGAUGAAAUAUUGCAAACAUUGUUUGCAGUUGUUCACAGCUGAAAAUUGUACUGUGAGAACGCUGCCAAAACGCCGAAAGAAGAAAAAACAAAUACAGGAAAACAAGACAAAUGAGAAGAAGGAAGGUAGCCACAAGAAAAGCAAAGCAUCCAAGGUUUCUCGAAAGCUGAAUCGUACAACUGUGUUUUGCAAAACUUGUGGCAAACAUUACUUUCACACAGGCGUAAGAUCAAACACAGGUUCACGUGGAUUGUCAACUACACCACAAAUAACGUGGAACGGUGUGGAUCUUAAUUCUAUGCCAAGUGCAGCAGAAAGAAAAAAACUAAAGAAGCAAAGACAGAAGGCUAAAAGGUUAAAGGGGAGGCUGGAACUAGAGGAACAACAGUCAGGUGAAAUAUGUAAUUAUUCACUUGGUGAGAGCACAGGUCCACGUGGAUUGUCAACUACACCACAAAUAACGUGGAACAGUGUGGAUCUUAAUUCUAUGCCAAGUGCAGCAGAAAGAAAAAAACUAAAGAAGCAAAGACAGAAGGCUAAAAGGUUAAAGGGGAGGCUGGAACUACAAGAACAACAGUCAGGUGAAAUAUGUAAUUAUUCACUUGGUGAGAGCUUACAUGUAACGAUGUUGGAUACACCACAGGAAGCCACUGUUAAUUAUUCACUUGGUGAGAGCUCACAUGCAACGAUGUUGGAUACACCACAGGAAGCCACUGUUGAUUAUUCACUUGGUGAGAGCUCACAUGCAACGAUGUUGGAUACACCACAGGAAGCCACUGUUGAUUAUUCACUUGGUGAGAGCUCACAUGUAACGAUGUUGGAUACACCACAGGAAGCCACUGUUGACUUAAGUAACUUAACGCGAAAGAAAAGAAGGAGGCUAAGAAACAGAGCUAAAAUCUUACAGGGCAGAUUGCAAGGCAGAGAGCAACAAUCAGAUGGAAUGUCUAAUCCACUCAACGAGGACUUAUCAGUGUUGGGUGCACCGAAUGCACAGAUUAACAGUGUGAACCAUCCACAGAACAACACUGUGGGCCAUGUUGAAUUUACACAGAGUUUAGGUACAACACAGGGCCACCAUGGGCAGAACAUUGUGGACCAUCCACUGGGCAACACUGUGAGCCAUGGUGAAUUAACACAAUCUGUAGGUUCAACCCAGAGCAACAGUAUGAACCAUCAACAGAGCAGCAAUGUUGGCUAUCCACAGAACAACACUGUGGAUUAUGGC